GCGGAGAGACACCGGAGAUACCGGAGAGAUACGGGAAAGGACGGAGGAGGCGCAGAGAGCUCUCCAGAAACACCGGCAGGUUCGGGUCAGGAUGCUCCGGUAGAAUCUCCGCCUGGAGGAGAAGAAAACAGCUUCCGGUCGAUAAACUCUUGUUUUUAUUCCUGGAAAGCUUCAAUGUCUCCAAACAUGAUCGGAGGACUGAUGAUGCUCACAGCGCUGAGCAGCUGCGUUCUGUCAUUGCCAGUGACUCCCAGUCAGCUGGAGAAUGAAGACGUAAAGGUGAUGAAAUGCAUUGUGGAAGCUCUGGCAGAUGUUCUGUCGAGGCAACAGCACGUUCCUGUGAGUCAGGACUGUUUGGAAACACUGAAAACAGACGACAGGCUGGUUACGAUCCUCCGGCAUCACAACUUCCUGAAGGAGCUGCAGGAGAUCGCCGUCCAAGGUGAUCAGGAGAGAGCUCAGCUGCAGAAAGACGACGAAACACCAACAGCACAAAGCUUGCAAACCACAGAUGAAGCUGCUGAUCGAUCCAUGUUGGAGGCUUUGGGAGGCCCCGGCGAAAGAUCCAUCCUGGCCCAGAAGAAGAAUGAUGAGAGCCUGGAAGAGGCUGAAGAUGACGUGAAGAGGAUGGAAGAAGAAUCUGACGAGAAGCGAGCAAACUCAGGGGAGGCUUCAGAGGAAGAGGAGAGCAAAGGUGGUGAAAGGAGAGACGCACCCAGAAACAAAUCAAAAGAAAAGAGGGUUAAUGAAGAACACGAGGAGGAGGAAAAUAAGAGAUCUGAUGUUUUCUCACAUAAACAACAAGAGAAGGGAGAAGAGAGUCCGAGGAGGUGGACGAAGAGGACGAAGGCGUUACAGGUGAAGAAGAAGACGGUGCAGCAGCAUGAGGUGCCUCAUCAUUCCAAAGAGCUCACAGAGGAAGAGGAGGAGGAGGAGCAGAAGAAGAAGAAAAGAGGAGUAAAUCACAAGAGUCCGGAAGAGAAGGAGCUGCAGAUGAUUGCUAGGAGGCCGCCAGAGGAGAGGAGGGCGAUGGAGGAGGAGGGCAGCGCCAGCAGGAAGUCAGAGGAUCCUGAGAUUGAGAGUCUGGCGGCCAUCGAGUCGGAGCUGGAAAACGUCGCCCAGAAACUCCACGAGCUGCGACGAGGCUGAGAUUGGAACACAAGUGUGACACCGCGAACCUCCUCCUGCCUCCUCGUCCUCUUCCUCCUCCGCUUCACCAGCUGCCUGGUUUCCACACAUAGAGCAAGUGAAGUGAAUGUGCGGCAAGGGUUUUAUCUUUUUUUUUUUCCUCCUUUCUCCUGCGGAUGCCAUGCUGCUGCAGCCUCCCCGUCCCUCACAUAGAAUAGCAUACAUUAGACACACACUGCAGCCAGGCAUGCACACUAACACCACACAAAUGCACAAAGUACUGCGCAUCCAGACAUGCAUUUAACAUUGACAACGCAGAUUCCUUCUCUCAUUUUCUCUGACAAUCGCCUCCUCGUUUCUUGCCUUUUUUCUAGAUUAUUUCAUGUGAAACGUUUGGAGCAAAUCCGGGUGCAAAAACACACCAACAAGGCGAGGUUGUACAGUUGUAACGGCAUGUAUAGAAGCUCUCAAGAGAAAAGAUUUCCUGUAGAUGCUUAUCUGUUGUCAUAGAAACCAGUUGAUGCUAAUCAAGCCAAGGCAAUAAGUGAACAUUUUUAGCAGAUAAGAGGCUGGAUUGUAAUCUAAAUCUAUACUGAGUUUAUGUAAGAAAAUACAUUCAUUUAUCCGAAAAUAAAGGUUUUCUGGGGGGGGGAUUUCUUUCAGUAAAAUCAAAUAUUUCAUGUAACUAACUGUACUAACAGAUUUCUAUGUGUGUCACUUUCAUGUCAAAUUAAAUAUAAUCCAGUUAAAAAGUGAA